CUCGCACUCGGAAGUCAUUUGCAUGUUAUUUGGUCAUAAGAAGCGGCUUCACACACACUGGAUGACUUGAAAAGACGAGUGUGACUUUCAAGACAGGAACACCAUGGAGGAACAAACUGCAGACAUCGAGGUGACGGUCAAAACACUCGACUCACAGAGCAGAACCUACACAGUCGGCGCUCAGCUGACUGUGAAGGACUUCAAGGAGCACAUCGCCCCCUCAGUGGGCAUCCCCGUGGACAAACAGAGGCUGAUCUAUCAGGGCCGAGUCCUCCAGGAUGAACGCACUCUGGCGGACUACAAUGUGGAUGGCAAGGUGAUACACCUGGUGGAGCGGGCGCCCCCUCCGCCCUCACAGCCCGGCUCGGGGUCCGGAGGCUCUACAGCCGACAGCGGACCCUCCGCUUCCUCCCAGGGACCGUCACAAGCGCCUCCACACGAUCGCAACGCCAACAGCUACGUGAUGCUCGGCACCUUCAACCUCCCCGUCAACAUCAUGGACCCCCAGCAGAUACAAAUGUCCGUCCAGCAGAUGGUGUCUGGGAUGGGAGAGAACGCCAGGAAUGCCCGAGUCACCACCAGCACCGGGAGCAACGGGUCUGUGAAUGUGCACAUCGACAUGGACCAACCGGUGCAGAGCGAGCCGAGGCUGAGGCUGGUGCUGGCUGAGAACCUGCUGAGGGACAUCAAUGACGUCAUCCACAGGAUGGAGGGUAGAGCAAGUGAUGCAUCUGCUCCACCAGAGACUGCUCCUCUUGCUGCUGCUGCUCCUCCUGAACCACUUCCUCUUGCUGCUGCUCCUCCUCCCUCAUCCACCACCUCCACUCCCUCUCCCUCUGCCCAGCCCAUGGAUACCUCCCCACCUCCAACCACUCCCCCACCUCCAACCGCCUCUUCAGCCCCGUCCGAGGGACCAGCACCGCAACCUGGACCCAAUCACCCGAGCCCAGCGGAGCUGGCGGAGAUGCUGUCUGAGCUCCGGAGGGUGGAGGAGAGACUGCAGCCCUUUAUUCAGAGAGCUCACACCAUCCUGGAGACGGCCACCACCGCAGAAUACAACAACAACACAGAGCGAGAGGAGGAGCAGCGCAUGCUCAUCCUGACGUGGGAGUGUCUCCGUCUCCUUGGCAACGCCCUCGUGGCCCUCAGCGACCUGCGGUUGAACCUCAUGAGCCCCGUGCCCCGCCACUUGCAUGUGGUCCGCCCCUUUUCCCACUACGCCACCCCGGUCACUCUGCCCGGCGCCGUGCACAAUCACAUCCCAGUGCAGGUGAACCUGGGCGCCACGGUGACCGUUGCGGGUAACGGCACCGAGGGGCAAGCCCCGCCCACACAAACCACCGGCCAGUCGGAGCAGGCGGGUCAGGGACAGACCCCGCCCACGCAGACGUCCCCAUCCAAUCAGCAGGCUGGACCGGGACAGGCCGGCGCCCGCGUCAUCAGGAUCAGCCACCAGGCGGUCCCGGUGGUGAUGAUGCAGAUGAACACGGACGGCUCAGGUGCUAACCCUGCCGCAGCUGGACAGCAGAUGCCUGGACAACCAGGCGCCCUCCCCCCCGACUUCAUGCGGAAUCUCAUGCAGCAGAUCAGCCAAUACGCCGCCGCCGUGGCCACGAGCGCCGCCACCACCGCCGCCACAACCGCCGCCACCGGCGGGCCCCAGCCCACCCCUCCUGGCUUCGGCUCCACCGCCAACUCCUCCGCGACCACCACCGAGCCCAACACGCCCACCACCACCCCCACCGCCCCCCCGCCGCCUCCCCACGCCGGCCCCCAGGCCCGCGUGGUGUUCACCCGACCACCUUUUGCGCCCAACAUGCCCACGCCGGCCUUCGGCACUCGGGGAACCACCAUCAACGUGAGAGCCUCCAUGCCGGGCCAGCAGCCAGGACAGCCUUUCAACCCCGCUGCUCUGAACCAGAUGAUUAGUGGACUGGUUGGACAACUUCUGCUGCCAGGACAAAUGCCCGGUCAAACAGUCACAUCCUCCUCCUCGACAUCCACAUCCUCUUCUUCCUCCUUUUCUUCCUCUCAAACAUCCUCAGCCUCCUCCUCCUUUUCCUUCUCCAACUCGGGUCCGACUCCUCCGCCCACUGCAAACGCCGCCAAUCCCCCGAGCCAAUCGGAGACCGGCGGCGCCGAGCCCCCGUCCCAGGAGAUGCCGCCGGACCUCAGCCAGCUCCUGGGUUCCCUCCUGGGGGCAGCCGGCGGUGCCGCCGGGGGUCCUGGAGGGGCCCCGUCCAUCACCGUCACCACGUCCGGUGUCCCGGCCUUCAUCCAGGGAGUCAGCGAAUUCAUGCAGCAGGCCCAGCCCAUCUUCCCUCCGCCUCCCUCUGGCACCGCUCCUGCUCCUCCCGCCGGCGGGCCCCCCCCCCCCGCGGGGGCCGAGGCCCUCAACCCGGAGCUGUUCACGGGCAUCGUCCGCGGCGUCCUGAGCACCAUGAUGGGCUCUCUGGGUCAAGCCCAGAACGACACGGAGAGCAUCGCCCAGUUCAUGCAGCGGCUGUCCCAGGCCACCAACAUCUUCAUCAGCCCUGAGGACCCCACCGGGUUUUUCGGAGAGCUGCUGAUGUUGGUGUGCCAGACCUUCACCAUGUCGGACCUGGUGAUGCUGCUGCACGGCCAGCACCAGCCGCUCGGCCGCAUCCAGCCUCAGCUGGCCCAGUUCUUCACCCACAACUACCUCAACGGCCGAGAGCCCACCGACGAGAACAUCAGCGCUGCAGCUGAGAGCCUCGUGAACGAGCUGGAGGAGUACAUCAGCGAGAGCUUUAGGGAGUCCUCGGUCUCCGUGCUGGAGGGCGUUGACGCCACUCGGACCAACAUGGCGUUCUUCAGACAGCAGCUGAUGCUCAUCGCCACCCACAUCCUCCGCUGCACGGAUGACUCAUUCGGGCCUCGGCUGUUACAGAUGUGCAACCAGGCGUUGUUUGAGUGUCUGGCCCUCAACCUGCACUGCCUGAGAGGAGACCAGAGCGCCCUGACCGCCGUCAUCAACCACCGCAUCCGGAGGAUGUCCAGCGACAUCAGCCCCAUCCUGGUCAACUGGAUGACCAGCAUGAUGACCAUGAGGCUGCAGGUGAUCCUGGAGCACAUCCCCAUCUCGCAGGAGCAGAUCCAGAACUACGUCGUUCACACGCAGGCAGAUCCGUCUUCCGCCGCCGGCCCGCGAGAGCCUGAACGAGCGCCGAGUGCAGCGAUCGCGGACACCCUGUCGCCGGCCGCAGCCACCACGGCGGAGGAGGCGGCGGCCAUGUCGGUGUCACGCGACACGAGGGCGGCGGUGCAGGAAACGCGCGGCGGCGGGUUGUCGCCCGGUGACCUCGGGGCCUCGGGAGGCGCCGCGCCACUCGGGGGCAACAUGGCGGCGGCCGGAGCCGAGGGAGGCAGCGAGGAGGCGGCUCGAGAGUCGGAGACCUGGGCGGCAGCCGUUCCACCAGAGUGGGUUCCCAUCAUCAGGUGUGACAUGAUGACCCAGAGGAAGAUGAAGGCUCAGCCCCCGCUGUCUGACGCCUACCUGCACGGCAUGCCCGCUAAACGCAGGAAGACCGGAGUGGGCGGGGGAAGCCUCCUCUCCCUCUCUGAUGCGGUGAGUCAGGCAGCCAGGACCACCGGGGUGAAGCCCAUCACUUCUGCUGAGCGGCUGCAGGACGAUCUGGAGACGCAGGAGCUGAAGGAGGCGUAUGCAGAGCAGGUUAAAGCCGACAUCAAGAAGCGAGUGAGGGAGGACCCGGACUUCAACUCCCAGCAUUCCCCCAAUGCACACAGGGCCUUCUCCUCCGACUCGUAAUCAAGUCCAGCUGAUGUGAAACCUGCAAGAUUCUUGCUGUUUUUAUCUUUUUUUAAAUUCUUUGAUCUUCAUUAAACUGCCCCCCCCCCCCCCCCCUGUCUGUAUGGCUCUUCUAGCCGUUAGCGCUCCUGACUAGCGGCCUCAUGCUAAUGUGACGACUUCUCCCGGUGCCUAUUUACUUGUUUAUUUUGGCCCACCUCUUGGCUGAGAGGAUGUUCCUCGUGAACAGGUGUGGGAUGUAAGUUGGACUCCUUCCCCGUGUCUCCUCUGCCCUCACGUCCUCGUGCCGCUUUGUUAAUAUGAAGCCUAAACUCUCAUCAUUUAGUGGACUUUAGACUUCCUCUCAAUACUCUGGGUGCUAGAGUAUCCUGUCACGUGACGGACACGCCGUUUGGGACGUGACUGUAAAGUAAGCUUAAUAAAAAAUUACAAAAAAACUC